AUGAGGGCCAAAAGUGGAGACGAAGAAGGAGAUCAUUCCGAGAAGUUGGCCGACCUCAACAAGAAGAUUAUGGAUAUUAAAAAGAAAAUACAAUUAUCCGAGGGACAACGAAAAGCUCUUUUCGAAGAUUGUGAAGCAGAAAGAAAAUCAAACAUAGACGAAAUUGCGAAGCUAAAAAAGGAUCUGUCCCAAUUGGUGGUAAAUCUUCACGAGAGCAAGAGUACGCAGACAAAAUUCCGAUUGAAAAACAAAACUUUGGAAGGAGUCACCGGGUCUUGGAUGGACAAAUCUCCCCAGGAAGUGAUGGAGCUUCUUGAUACGCAGAUCAUCGAUAAGACUAAACAGUUCGAUUUGAUGAGAUAUCGUACCAAACAGAGAAGAAAGUACCUAACGGAACUGGCUGCGAAAUAUCAAAAGCUGCUCAAUAAACAUGACAAAAGAGAACUCAGUAAGAAGGUGGAAGUACCAGUAAAGAAGAGUACCACGGAAUUACAAAAUAACAUACACGCUAUGGAGGUCCAGGUCAGAGAAGCCAUGCAUGUAAAAAACAGAUAUUCGGAUAUUUUUAGGUCGCUGAAAACAGACUCAGACAAUUUUGAGGGGAAUAUAAAAAAGCUGGAGGAAGCAUUGGACGUCCAACGAGUUGAUAUAGAAAAGCUACAGAAGGUUAUGGAUGAAGCCAGUCGUAUGCGCUCACUGGCUCGUGGAAUCCUGUUGAAAGAAGAAAAGUCCGUUAAUGACUCCGUUCUCCGCAGAGAAAAAGAGGCCGCAGAGGGACGAAGACUAGUGAACGAGCGCAAGCAAGAGCUUGAGAGAUUAGAGAAGAAAAUCUUUUUAGGUGGGAAAUUGCCUGUGCGGCCUGAACCUGAGGGUGCGGAAGACGCUCAAGAUGAAGAAAAAUGCCCUACGCCUCCUCAUCCCGUGGAGGUGAUGUCGCAAGCUUUUGAAAUUUUGAAACAAGCUACAGGUGGAACAAGUACGGAGGAAGUACUAGAGAGAUACAAAUCUCAAAAAGAAACCGACGAAAAACUGAUGCACCUACGAACAAAAACAGAAGAAGAAAAGAAAAAAUUGGAAAGAAAAAUGGAGGCUUUGAACGCAAAAUUGGAUUCCUUCAAAUAUGCCGAAGCCAAAGAAGCUGAAAGGAAAACAGGUGAAAUGGACUUAAUCCAACAAAAAAUCGAAGAAAACGUAAGAAAGUCGCAGGAAUAUUUGAAAAUUCAGGCAAAAAAAGAGGAGGCAAUUGAUAACUUAUCAGUGGAGUUGCAGAAUCUGUAUCUAUGUAUUAAUCCUCUUGCUGAAUUGGAUACGGAUCCUUUGGUUACUCUACAGAAGAUAAAGACUGAUAUUAAGAAAAUUUUUGACAAAAUUGGAGCCGAAGCCGAAGCCAAAGCUGAAGAAGCCGGUUCAGAAAAGGAAGGGGUUGUAGUAGUCGAUCCGAACGAUGAAAAAUGGCUUCCUGCACCUUAUGCUGGCUUAGUAAGAAGAACACCUUUACCACAAACUGGUGCUUCCCCCGCACCUCCACCUCCACCAGGAUCAGAAGACGAAGAAGAGGUUCCAUCUAGAGGAUACCUGAAGAGACAAGCUCAGCUAGUGGUCGAUGCAAAAUCAAGACGCAAGAAUGUAAGACUGCAAGUACAACGAAGAAAUUAAGACUAUUGGCGAAUAUAUCCACCACUUAUAUUUUUUCAUGUGAGCACGUAUUGCAAUUAAACAUAUUAAAAUAAUUUUUAGAAUUAUAGGUAUAAUGGUGUAAGAACAAAUAAAUAAAAAUAAUGAUUUUUUUCAA